CUUACUAUAGGACGCAUAAACCUCUAUAGUUAGAAAUUACAUGCGUGUGUGGACGACUCAUUGAGUGUAUCACCAAGACGAAGACUUAGUUUAGUCUUUCGCACACGUCGGAGCCCCGUAUCCACCACAACACACACACACACGUCCAACCAAACCCGUCCACGUGUCUUCCAAAACUGCAAAAUUUCCAACACUACUUCUCGGCUUCAUGCCCGCCAGUCAUUUGAUUCAUUUCCAUCCCUUAAUUUAAUAACCAUACACUACUGCCUCUCGUUUCUCUCUCUCUCUCUCAAGAAACUAAAACAACCCCUAAAAUUCCCCACCCAAAAUUUCCAAAAUAAAAAAUAAAAAAAACCAGAAAAAUGUGAGUGAACGAAUGAAUGAAUGACUCCAUGUGAGACAGAGCCUCCAGACCCACCCGCCAUAGCGUGAAGGGCCGUUUCCCGUCGUUUCCCUUCCCGCUAAACGACGUGACACGUCACCUCCACCGUCUGCUCCGUCCCCAACCCGGCAGAACCAAUGUCGGGUCAACCCGUGAUCCAGACCCUAACAUUCUGGCUCUCGGAGCACCCAUCCAUCGUUGGCUUCCGCUGGAGCCACGCCCACUCCUGGGGUUCUACGUGGUCCUUCCUCUUCACCGCCAUCGCCGUCUACCUCACCCUCUCCCUCCUCCUCCACUUCUCCCUCCUCGUCGUAAACCGGUCGGGUCGCCCCGUCCCGCUCGGGCCCAUACCCGCCGUCCACAGCCUCGCCAUGGCCCUAAUCUCCUUCACCAUCUUCGCCGGCAUCACCCUUUCCUCCGCCGCCGAAAUCCGCGAGACCCGGUGGUUCUGGCGCCGCUCCAAAACUCCUUUCCAGUGGCUCCUAUGCUUCCCGCUGGGGACCCGCCCGUCGGGUCGGGUCUUCUUCUGGUCGUACAUGUACUACCUCUCCAGAUUCCCCCACAUGCUCCGCACAUUCUUCACGAUCCUACGACGUCGUAAGCUCGUCCCUUUCCAGCUCUUCAACCACUCGAUCUUGACCGUGAUAUCGUUCCUGUGGCUGGAGUUCUCUCAGUCGAUCCAGGUUCUGGCGAUACUGUUGACGACGCUCGUGUACUCGGUGGUGUACGGCUACAGGUUCUGGACGGCGGUGGGUCUGCCAAGCGCCUGCUUCCCGGUCGUCGUGAACUGCCAGAUUGCGCUGCUGGGCUGCAACGUCGCGUGCCACGUCGGCGUUCUGAUGCUACAUUUCAUGAGAGGCGGGUGCAAUGGGAUCGGGGUAUGGGUGUUCAAUUCGGUGUUGAAUGGGGUGAUUCUCUUGGCCUUUUUGAAUUUUUACGUCAGAAUUCAUCUGGGUUUUGAUAAAAAGGGAAGGACCGGCGGCGGCGGUGGCGGCGAGGUUAAGUCUGUGGCUGGUGACCGGUCUUGUUCUUCUGGGUUGGGAGGGAAUGACAAGAAGGGCAAGGAGCUUUGAUAGUGUGGGUUAGAGUGUAUGAUAGUUUUGGUGGGGUGGGGUUGGGGCUUGCCUUUUUAGAUUUUCUGUAAAAGAGUCUAUAAAGUUAAGUUAAUUAUGUAUACAUUUCUUUUGAUAAAGAACAAAAAAUAAAAAAUAAUGUAUACAUUUACAAUGGAGGUAAAAGUAAAAGAUGAGGGUUUUUGGUGUGUGUGAAAAGGUGGGGUCAGGUAAGUUCAGUUCUCUCAUUAGAUUUUUCUUUUUCUUUUUUGAUACCUGAUAUGAUUAUGUUUCUCAUGAAUCAUGAUUGAUCAGUAAAAUCUUUUGAUGGGAAUUCGUAAGAGUA